AUGAGAUUCGGGGUGCUGCGCUUCAUCGACACCAUGAACUUCUGCAAGGCUGGGUUGGGCGGCCUCAUCGAGUCUCACAAGCGUGCUGCUCUCAAGAUGGUGCCCCUCGGUGACAGGAGUGAAGUCUUGGCCCUGGAGCGUGCUUUCCCGCUGACGGCUUCGAGGCACCCCUUCUUGAAGAGUGCUGGUGAUGGUGUCUGGCCAGCGUUGUUGAGGAAGCUGCCCAUGCCGUGGGAUUACUUCGUCGACUGCGAUGACUUUGAGAAGCCCCCUGUGUGGCCAUUGGCCUGCUACCACAGCAGGCUGUCCGGCGACUGCACCGAAGAGGAAUACGACCAACUGCAGAGAACUUCGGACUUCAUGGGGUUCAGCUGCUUCAAGGAGGUUUUCGACACCUACCUGGCCCUUGACAUCACGGCCUACGCUGACCUUAUGCAGAUCUUCAGACAGCACUUCUUUGAGACGCACCACCUGGACCCGUUCCUGUAUCCUUCGCUCCCAUCUGCUGCUUGGGAUGCUGCGCUUCGGAGCGUCGCGCAGCAAGGUGGCAGGCCGUUCCGGCUCAUCACCAACUUGGACGUCUACAAAGACGUCAAGAAGGCCAUGAUGGGUGGAUUGUGCGCGGUCUUCAGACCUCGCAGUGAGGCUAAUUUCGAGGGCAUUGAGGGGUAUAACGACCGCGUCCCUGCGAAGCGGAUCAUGUACCUUGAUGUGAAUUCGAUGUAUCCUCACGCGAUGACCAAGUACUUGCCAUGCUCAAGCGGCGAGGCUGUGACGCUCCCAGAAGGCGAGGACGAGAAGUUGAAAUGGCUUCACGACAUGCUUGAUUCAUUCGACCCUCUUGAGGACUGCUGGCAGACGGUCUACCUGGUUUUCGUCGACUAUGACUUCCCCGAGGACCUUCACGACGGCAUCGACUUUCCGCCUCCUUGCAGAAUGGCUGUUCCUGUUGAAGAAGUUGGGCCCUACACAAAGGAAGCUGUCCGAGGCCGUAGGGCGACCGAGAAGCUGGUUCCUUAUCUUGGCCUCCACGAGUUCGAAGGCGUCCACAUCAAGCGCCUGGAGCGUUACCGCAACAGCACCCACUACUUUGACCCGGUGUCCUUCAGCAGGGCUCAAGUUGACCGCACCGUCGCGGACUUUGACACCGAGAUCUUCGAACGCGAUGCCUUUCUGGCUACUGUCCACCGAGUUCGGCUUGGAAAGAGGAACGUGAAUCGCAGCCCGAUUCAAUUCGGAUGGGGUGUCUUAGAAGAGGCCAAACUUGAUCUCAGCGUGCAGUACUGGAUGAUCAAAAUCACACUUCCGAGGGUGGUGCCACUUUUAACGGACACCGACAGCCUCAUCCUGGAGAUCAUCGGCAAUGUUGACCCCAUAACGUUGCUCGCACAGGCUAACCUCGACCUGCUCGUGGAGUUUGACCUCAUCG